GAGGAGGACUUCGAGGAGUUCGAGGCCGACUUCCAGGCGUUCGAGGCCGACUCCAGGGACUCCGACUUCGAUUUCGGGGCUGAGGACGAUAGCGACGACGAGGUCGUCGAGAUCACGCCGCCCACCGUCAAGCCGUCCAUCUCCAGAGAUGGCUUGAGCACCAUGACCACUGCUGGUUUUGAUGACCCUGCAACAGGGUCAUUGAAAAGGAAGAGGAAGAACCAAUUCAGGGGUAUCCGCCAGCGCCCCUGGGGUAAGUGGGCUGCUGAAAUCAGAGAUCCCCGCAAGGGUGUCCGUGUCUGGCUGGGUACUUUCAACAGUGCCGAAGAAGCUGCAAGAGCUUAUGAUGUUGAAGCACGCAAGAUCCGUGGCAACAAGGCCAAGGUAAACUUUCCAGAGGAACCAAUAGUUGCUCAGAAGUGUCGCCCUGCUGCUCUUAAAGUACGCAAGUCAAGAGAAGUACAGAUACCUGCCGUUGUACCAGCAGUCAACAACAUUGCACAUACAAACCAGCCACCUGCUCAGCCUGAUAAUGUGCCAUUUGUUCCUGCAACGAACUCUGCUGCCCCUGUUGAAGCUCCUGUCAUGAAUGUGUACUCUGACCAGGGGAGCAACUCCUUUGGCUGCUCUGACCUCAGGACUCCAGAGUCUGCGCUUGUCCAGAGCAACACCUACAGCGCAGUGGUGACUCCUGUUAUGCAGAACAAUGCAGAUGAUCUCACCGAUGGGCUGGGGGAUUUAGAACCUUAUCUGAGGAUUCUCAUGGAUGAUUUUGUGGAUGAACCGAUCGACAGCCUUCUGAAUCUUGAUGGACCUCAGGAUUUCCUCGGCAACAUGGACCUUUGGAGCUUCGAUGACAUGCUCAUCCCUGGCGAAUUUUAUUGA